UGCAUCAGUAACAAAUGUUUAGUGAUUAGAGGGUUUUUUGUUUUUUAUAUCCGAGUACAGAAAGGACGCCGUGAAUAAAUGCAUGUUGCGUUGAAGGAUUUAUUUUCGCCUAUUUUAUAUUCAUUUAUGUAUAUCCUUAAUAAGAAUUGUCAAACGGAAAUGCGCACGUUAAUAAAAAUUAGUGCUGUUAAAAUGAAUUAACACAGUCAUUUUUAACACGUUAGUUUUUAUUUUUAAUCCUGGUGAAAACUCAAAAAACAAAGAAAUGUAAGGAAUAUAUUGUAUGAAUCUAGUGAAAAAACCUUCCCAGAACAGUGGAGCUCAUUAGGAUGGAGAAGAAGAAACGAAUAAUAACGAGAAGAAAAAAAUCUACACAAGCAGGAACAAGUUUGUUUGGAUUGUUGGGAUCCUUCCCAAUCUGGCAACCUGCAAACCCAGCAAAAGUCUGAAAAAGUGAAGAUCGGGUGUAUUUUGUGGAACUAAAGAACAGGAUGAUCACCGGUGAUCGCGUCGAUCACUUCCGAGGAAUCGGAAAGGCGAUAGUAUGAGCUGUCUCGGGGUCGGACAGAGAGAUCGGGGGAAGAGUUGCUGAACAAAGAGAGAAGGAAGAAGAAGUGGAGAAAGAAGAAACGGAGUGUGUAAUGGCCACCCGGGCACAGAGGCGAGUCGCUCCGAGCACGAAGCGCGGCCAGGAGGAGCUGCGGCGGAGGGAACAGCAGCAGCGGCACGACGAUGACUCCGACGCCGAGGAGCCGCACCUCGAGUUCGCCCUGCGCAAGUCGGACGGCCGCGAGCCGCAGAUCAUCCACAGCGGACACUUCAUGGUCUCCACGCCGCACGUCGAGCAUCCGCCGAAGAAAGGCUACGAUUUCGACACGGUUAACAAGCAGACGUGCCAAACCUACCACUUCGGCAAGGCGAGCGCGUGUCAUCUCUCCAUCGACGCGUCUCUCACCAAACUCUUCGAGUGCAUGACCCUGGCGUACAGUGGGAGAUUGGUGUCCCCAAAAUGGAAAAACUUCAAAGGGCUAAAACUUCUCUGGAGGGACAAAAUUCGCCUGAACAAUGCCAUCUGGAGGGCUUGGUACAUUCAGUAUGUGGAGAAAAGAGAGAACCCAGUCUGCCAUUUUGUUACGCCUUUGGAUGGGACCAUGGAUUCAGGAGUCCAUCGACCUGCAGAGGCAAUAGCGACAGAAGGAAAAUACUGGAAGAGGCGAAUCGAAAUUGUUCUUCGCGAGUACCAUAAAUGGAGGACGUACUUCAAGAAGCGGUUAAAUCAGCACAAAGAUGACGAUCUUUCCAGCCUACUCAAGGGGGCAGAGGAGCAGUUUUCGCUCUUCGGCGAAGUGCACCCCGACAUCCUCCGUCUGCCCUUCUGCCAGGAUGAAGAGGCGUUCGGGGGCACUCGCGGCUCCCGCAGGAGCCGAGACUCUCCCGCACCGAUGGAGAUGGACCCCAUCUUCGACAUGGACAUGCUCAUGUCCGAGUUCUCCGACACGCUCUUCUCGACGCUUUCCUCUCACCAGCCGGUCGCUUGGCCCAAUCCCAGAGAGAUCGCACACGCAGGCAACGCAGACAUGAUCCAGCCUGGUCUCAUCCCGCUGCAGCCCAACUUGGACUUCAUGGACACGUUCGAGCCUCUUCAAGAUCUGUUUCACACCCUGCGUCAGCCCUUCUACCCCACAACCUCACCCACUGCCCCAACCACCACUCCCUUAUCCAGCAGCAGUAGCAGCACCCAAACCCAGACUUCAUUGUUACCUACAAUGAACUUGCCUACAGAUCUAUCCAUCUCACUGGCCCAGAGUCCUCCCAGUCAUGCAUACGAACAGGGCUACAUGCCACUUUUUACAGAACAAAUGCCACCCUCGACCAACUCGACCCCCAUCAUGCCGCCCCCGGCGCCGCUGCCCCCACCACCCUCUCACUCGCUGCAAUGCCAGGCUGUUGCCGCUGUCCCUAGAAGCUCGUCUCCAUGCCCGGGCAUGCAUACUGGUCCUUCCGCAGUGACACCCAACACCACUGCCACCCACAGGUCAACCUUCGUCAUAUCACCCAGGCCUCCUCGUCAAGAUCAGGCCCUCUCCUGUGUCUCUUUGCCCCCCCAGCCACAAAGCUUCGCCUUGCCACGACCCCUCCCGCCUGCUGGCUCUGUUAAAAAGAGCCGCCACGUUCCCAUAGUCCCUGCUACUCCAGUUCCAUCACCUCAUCUCAUACUCACAGGGCCUGCCGGCACCGUUCUCGUCACGCCGUCCCCUCUUAAAAGCGACGUGGCCUCUACCGCUGGCAUGGUCAUCACCUCGGCCAAUAUUCCACGCGGGUCCGGCUUCCACAUUCUUCCCCCGAGCCAGAAUUCUUCUCAGCACAUUGUGCCCAAGGAGGAAACAAACUUGUCUUGCAAUAAGAACUCAGUUCCAGCAACAUGCACAGCAUUAGACAGCCGAAUUCCAGGUCAAAGUUCACCUUUAGGGGCAGAGCAGGUGCCAAGCCCACAGUCUCCACUCAGCAGCUGUACCUCAGUUCUGGCCAAGAACGAGUCCAAUCAGACUCGCCGCGUGAAACACAAAUCGGCCGAGCAGAAACGCCGAUCCAACAUCAACAUCGGCUUCAAGACCCUGUGCAGCCUCGUUCCUUCUCUCAAAUCGCAGUCUAAUAUCAGUAACGCUACGACCCUUCAGAAGACGGUGGAGUACAUCGGAAAGCUGCAGCAGGAGCGCCACCAACUGCAGGACGAGACGAGGAGACUGCGGGAGGAAAUCGAGGAGCUCAACGUGUCGAUAAACUCAUGCCAGGAGCAGCUUCCCGCCACGGGAGUCCCUUUUACACGCCAACGAUCCGACCACAUGAAGGAGAAGUUCGACGAGUAUGUAAAGAUCAGAACUCUGCAGAACUGGAAGUUUUGGAUUUUUAGCAUCAUCAUUAAACCUCUGUUCGAGUCCUUCAACGGGAGCGUGUCCACCACCAACCAGAGCAAGCUGUGUGAGACCACCAUGCAAUGGCUGGACCGAGAUUGUGCACUUCCUGUGCUCAGACCCAUGGUUUUAGGGACACUGAGACACCUAAGCACCACCACGUCCAUCUUAACCGACCCAGCUCUCCUCCCACAAGAAGCUAGGCAGGCCGUCAUCAACUCCACACACCCCUCGGCCAAGUCCUAGCCCUUCGUCUGGCUUUCAAAUCUCUGCCUUUUUAUCAUAUCUGGAGAUUUCUGUAGUACUCAUAAUGCUGAAAAGGAGGCCACGAUGGCGUCAUGUGCCUUGUGCUUGAAGUGAUAUUUAAAAAAAAAAAAAAAAAGCGCUAAAGGACUGUUCUUUCUUGCCUUACUGAGUUUUGGUUUGUAACAGUGUUAAAAGGGCUGCUAUGGACAUUUAUAGACAUUUUAUUUUACAGAAUUAAACUUGUCAUUAUGUUCAAAAGGGGGAAAAAAAAAGAGAAACCCAGAAUCUUCAGCACACUUGUUUGGCGUUUCUGUUUAAAAACGAAAAACUGAUGUUAUCAUUUUUUUUUUUUCUUUUUUUUUUUCCUCUUUAUUUUAUUUAUUUUUAUCAAGACAUUUUUACAUUUGAUUUAAUACAAGCAGUGUGUGACGGUUAAGCGUCUGAGGGCUCAGACAGCAGCCAUCUAGACAUCUUUCAAUCUAAACUCUCCGUCUCCUUCUUGCUGGUAUUCAAGUGUUUCUUGCACUACACAUGUACAGGAUUUUUCAUUUCAAGCUUUUAAGUGACUUUGUACACACUAUUAAGAGGUGUGUUGUUGUUUUUGUUUUGUUGUUUUUUCUCGUCUCUAGACAUUCGGUCUUCCAGCUAUGAGAUUUCGCGAUAACUUCUGGGUCUUAUUCUGUAUUUUAGAACCCAGGUUAUGUAAAAUACCUUCGAUUUGCCAGUUCAGUAAAGAAACAUUUGCUGGAUUGUAUUAUAUUACCUACGUUUUAAUAGUUUGUUUGCAGCUCGAAUGCUGAAUUGUGCUGAGUGUGCUGGAAUUCACCAGAUUUCUGAUAACGAACACAGUUUGUGGUACAGCCCUGUGUCAUGCAUUUUGCUUCUCAGGUGUAUCCAUGAAUAUUAAGGAGGGGGUGGAUGUGUUUGAGAUGUGUGCGAGCCUGGAAUUUAUCUAGUAUGUGCUUCACAGGUUCUUCCCAAUAUACUUUUUGGAGUUAGUUUGAAAAGAAUUAAAAGAAAAAAACACC